AAGCUUAAAAUAAUUCGAUAGUAUGGAGAACUACGAUAUAAUAUCAUUCGUAGGCGAAGGGUCUUUUGGCCGAGUGUUUAAAGCAAAGAAUAAAGAAUCCGAUGUUGUAGUGGCAUUAAAAGUUAUACGCAAGAAAGGCCGCUCGUCAAAAGACUUGAAAAACUUAAGGCAGGAAUGUGACAUUCAGCGUACACUUGAGCACCCGAACAUUAUACGUAUGAUCGAUAGUUUUGACACGGAAUCAGAGUUGGUGGUAGUGACAGAAUAUGCUGAGAAAGAACUUCACAGUAUAUUGGCUAAAGAAGGUUGUUUAAAUGAGGAACAAGUCAAGAAGAUUACAUGGGAUUUGGUGUCUGCUCUGUACUACUUACAUUCACACAGGGUUUUACACCGGGAUCUGAAGCCCCAGAAUGUAUUGCUGGACAGCAGUGGCUGUGCUAAGCUCUGUGACUUUGGGUUGGCUAGAAUAAUGACCAACUCCACCCACAUUCUAACAUCCAUCAAGGGGACUCCGUUGUAUAUGGCACCUGAACUCAUUGAUGAAAAACCUUAUGAUCAUCAGGCAGAUCUCUGGUCCCUCGGUUGCAUAGUGUACGAGCUGAUGGCUGGUCAGCCACCGUUCUACACCAUGUCGAUCCUGCAGCUGGUGAGGAUGAUUCGCCACAAGCCGGUGCAGUGGCCAAGCUUCAUCAGCAAGGAGGCCCGUUCUUUCUUACAGGGACUGUUACACAAAGACCCCAUGAAAAGGAUGACUUGGCCAGAUAUACUGGCGCACCCGUUUGUAGCGGGCCACAUCCUCAUUCUGCCCGAAGAUGUGCAAAGUGAAUCACCUUUCACACAACCGCUCAGUCACAGUCAGCAGGAGGCGAAGCGGUUGCAGCGGGAUAAGAUUAGCAGCAAUGCAAGGGCAAUGAAACUGGACAGUGAACCCUUAAAAGUAGUAAACAGAAGAGAGCACGAUCUCCGUCACAUCCGUGGCGUAACUCAACCCGCAGAGUGCGUGCCCAUGUCCGAUGACGAUAGCGUGCGCGCCACCAGCGCCUUCAGCGUGCGAGACAGCCUCAAAACUGACGAUGAAGACCAGUCCCAACCCAUCACCGUCGCCAACGCAAAACUACUAAGACACGAGUACAACGUCAUGAACAAUUCCAAUCUUGUCGUCUGUAAUUUAGAAAAUAAUAUGGCGCAACUUAUGGCAACUAAUAAAAAACAAAUUGAUGUAGCCAAGAAAAUGGACAAGAUUGUAGAGGAGAAACAGACUGAAAAACCUAAAACAGAAGCCGCAAACGCAAGUGAAAAGACUGAAGAUGUUGACGUGAAACAGAAACGGAAAAGUAUAGAUACCGCGUCACACAGUUUAGAGAACCCGAAAAGUUCUACGAAAUGCAGCAGUGAGGUUAGUUCUGGACUUAGUAAGAGCGUACCGCCGUCUUAUAAGCAAAAGUUACUGCAGUUCUCAAGAGAUAAACUGAGGUUCGCCAGCGGCGGGAACAGAUUGACAAGAAGCAUCAAGCGAUCAUUUCAUUUUAGUAGGAGUUGGGAUAAGAACAAGUCGGAUAAUCAGAGACGAACUAGUGAACCAACCAUUGAAAUCCCAAGUAUUGUUGACGCGGAUCAGGAAAAAUGCUCGAAGGAAACCAAGGAUGAAGACAUUGAAAAGAUAGAAUUGAUUGAAGAACUUUCUGAUAAAGAAGUUGCUAAUAAUGAUGAAAUUGUUUUACCGGAAGAAAAACACGAAGUCAAGGAGCCAUCCGCCAUUGAGCUGGAAGAAUGGGAAGCGUUCCUGAAUUCCAAUAUUAGUGAAGUAAUGGAUGGCGACGUUGAAUCUCUCACGCAGCUGAAUAUGGUGAGCAUGGUGGUGGGCGUGGUGGGCAGCUCGGGGCGCGGCGCGCGCGGCGGGCGCGUGUGCGGCGCCGUGGCCGCGCUGCUCGCGCUGCCGGCCGUGUCGCCCGCGCUGCCCCGCCACACGCUGCUGCACAUACAAGAUGUAUAUCUUGAAGCUAAAGUCGUGUACGAGUUCAUCGCAGCCAUUAACUCGUUGAUGAAGGACUGCAAGAAUGAUGACGACAUGGAAGACAGACUGACGGGUACGGGUCGGAUGCUGGAGGUGUGCGCGUGGCUAUGCGCACGCUCGUGCCGCGCCGUGCGGCAGCUCGCGGCAGCCACAACCGCGCACCGCGCCCAUGCUGUCUUCACACGGCUGCUGACCUUGCAUACAAAAACACCUCGCAUAGUUCUUAACAUCGUGGGUCUCCUCAUCACCAUACUCCAAGACCUGCCCGAACACGCAGAUGUCGUCGAGAAGAUUCUAUUCGACGACAAAAGCUUCAAUUUCAUGUGUCUCUUGGAACAACCCAGCGACGCCUUGAGAAUGCGAGUCUGUAUACUUAUUAGUCUAUUAUGUACAUUUUCGUGUACCGCUUUCUCGGUUGCUAUGGAGACGAAGUGGAGUAAAGCGGAGAGUGAUUGUUUGGAGGCGUUGCAUACGCAUUGCAAUGUGACACUGAACAGGGCAGCCAGGUUAGCUACUAAGGAGCUUAGUAAUAUGCCGUUUUAUAACUAAUCCGAUUAUAUUCAGUAUUAAAACGUACAAUUUAUUUGUAUU